AUGAUAAAAAAAGAAAAAAUUGAACCACCUAAAAUUCUGAAUCCGCCUCGAGAUGAGAUCAUUGUUCCAUCACCAUCCAACUCUCAUGAAGGCCAGCCUCCAGAGCGGAUGCAGUUUAUUGGUGGUGGGUUCAUAACUUCAUAUGAAUCCACGCUGCAGGACACAGUGGCAGUGCCAGAUCGAGUACAUGCAGCAGAGAAGUACAUAGCUAGCUUAGAUAAGAAAUUGGAGAAGAAGAAGAAGCACUUGGAACAAAUGAAAAUGGGCACAAAGACAACUAAGGCACGCCCUCAGAUCGAAUUCCAUGAAAUGGGCCCAAACAUGAUCGUGGUUCUGAUAACUGGCCUUGAUAAUUUAGCCACUUUUAAUAACAUCAUUCGAUUAUGCCAUGAGGAAGGUGUUGAAGUUGUGUAUACCAGCUUUCAACUCAAUGGAAACUCUACACUGCAAAUUUCUCAUGAAACUAAGAUCAACAGAAGUUCAACAAUAGAAUUUAGAGGUACAACUCUGUGUGGUAAGAUGAAGGAAUUGAUUUAUGGACCAUCUUGCAGCAAUGAUAUGGAAUCCCAACUACAUUUAUGGGACUACAUAAUUGAAUCUGGACUGAAAGAAUUUGAUGCACUAGAGUUAUUACCAACAAGAAGUCAAAAUCCAAACAUGCAUUCUGGACUGAUAGAAUUUGAUGCACUGGAGUUAUUACCAACAAGAAGUCAAAAUCCAAACAUGCAUGGUUACAUGCAAAAUGUUCAAGAAACCCCUAGCUCUUUGUGGAACUGAAACAGUUUUUCAUUGUACAUGGAAACAAUUGAGAUGUAAAAUAUAAUCUCCUUGUUUAGUAUCUUGAUUCAUGCAGAUUAGUAUUUGUUGUCAAUCUCAAUCCUUCGAUUUUCGGAUUGGAAUGAAGAGUA